AUGGCCUCCGCAGCGGCAAAGCGCCUCGAGGGCAAGACUAUCGUUGUGACCGGUGCCUCUUCCGGUAUUGGAAAGAGUACUGCCAAGGAAUUCGCUCGCACGUCACCCAAGAAUCUGAAGCUGAUCCUGACGGCUCGCCGCAUCGACUCGUUGAAGCAGGUUGCAGCGGAGAUCCAGCAGGAAGUUGGCGACGGUGUCAAGGUCCUUCCUGUGAAGCUGGAUGUCAGCAACCCAGAGGAGAUUAACAACUUCGUUCCCUCCUUGCCGGAGGAGUUCAAGGAGAUUGACGUUCUAGUGAACAAUGCUGGUCUGGUCAAGGGCGUCGCCCAGGCAGGUGAUAUCGCCGCCGAGGAUCUGAAAGUCAUGUUCGACACCAACGUCACCGGCCUUAUCAACAUGACCCAGGCAAUCUUGCCCAUCUUCAAGAAGCGCGAUGAGGGUGGCCGUGGUGACAUUAUUAACAUUGGCAGCAUUGCUGGACGUGAGCCUUACUCUGGUGGUAGCAUCUACUGUGCCACCAAGGCUGCUGUCCGCUCGUUCACCGAUGCGAUGAGAAAGGAGCUCAUUGCCACGAGAAUCCGUGUUAUUGAGAUUGAUCCCGGCCAGGUUGAGACUGAGUUCUCUGUUGUCCGAUUCUAUGGAGACAAAUCCAAGGCCGACGCUGUCUACAAGGGUGUCGAGCCAUUGACUGGUGACGACAUUGCCGAGGUCGUCGUCUUCGCUGCCAGUCGUCGCGAGAACGUCGUCAUUGCCGAUACUCUAGUGUUCCCCAGCCACCAGGCUGCGGCUGGUGUCAUGCACCGUAAAGCAUGA